AUGGCAUCUCUAUUGGAACGCAUGAAUGUCUCCAAUUCCGGGAGUGGCCCUGUAAGGUCAACCAAAAUGGGGAACUCCUCAAGGUUGAAUGCACCUUAUGCCCGUUCUGCUAGAGGCGACGUUGAUUCUGCAUGGUCUCAUGAUCUUUAUGCCCAGCACAAUUCUCUUUCUGCCCGCUUAAAUCUCCCAGCUUCAAAGCCAACACUGCCACCCGACGCAACCCAUGCAUCCAAAUCCUUAGCCCAGAAAGCCUUCAGAGACGCCUUAUCUUUCUCCUCACCUUCUACAUCUCGGGGUGCUCGUGGUGGCGAGGAACUCAACAUCAAAGGUGCGGGAAGCUCGGGGAAUGUGGUAGAAGUGUCUGGAUUAGUAGAUGGCACGACAGCGGAUGAUGUCUCGGCAAUAUUCAAGCGGUGUGGAGAUAUUUUACAGAGCAAGCUGAUUUCAAGGCGCAACGAAGAAGUGCGCAUUCGGAUCACCUUUAAACUUGCGGCAUCGGCAGCGGAGGCAGUAAAAGUUUUCAAUGGUGUGCCGGCCGACGGGAAGACACUAUCUGUGGCUGUUGUUGGUGCAACUAGUGCGGGUACCUCUCUCCUUGGUCGGUUUGGCAAGGAUGGGCUUGGCUUAGUGAGACAGGAAGGUAGUGUUGACGUUCUGAUGGACUCAGAUGAUACGCUUUCAGGAUCAAAAAUGCGCUCAGACGCAUUGACAUCUGAUCCAAGAGCACAAGUCUUGGUUGCACCCCCUGGAGCGGAUCCGAAGGACUAUAUUCAGGCACCUGCCAGGGGAAGGGGCGGUAGAGGGCGAGGACGAGGUGGUAGAAGAGGUGGCGGUGGCGGAAGGGGGAGAGACAGGGAUAGGAUGGAUAUGAGUUAA